GGAAGGCGAAGGAGGAGUGCGGGGGGGGGGAGAGAAAGAGUCGCACUCACGCCCCGCCGCACUAUUUCGCCUCAGACAAAAGACUAGCCCGGGGCACUUUCUUCGCCCCGAAGUAGCCCUUGCCUUCCUCAGAGCCCGCCUUGCCGUAACCUUCGAAGAGAAAAGAAAAGAUGCACCUUGAAAAGUAGCCCCGGGGGAUAAAGCUGUGGAAUAUUCGCUGGAGAUCCGGUCUUGCCCUCCCGCCCACACACCCGCUUCGGACGAUCUCGGACCGGGAGGAGCCGUUGACUGAGCUGCCCGUGGGGCGGGAGGCUCUUGGUGGCUCCGGGUCCCCCAGCUCCCCGCCUCCGGGCGGGAUCCCUGGCCUUUUUUCUCCCGGAGGUGGGGGAAAUAAAGCCGGCGCCGCGGCCGAAGCGAGCGGGACUCAUUGGAGGCAACCUAUUGCAGCAGGAGACGGUCAAGCUUGGAAAGGGGGAAAGGAGCCGGGCGGAGUGUGUGUGUGUGUGUGUUUUUGCGAUUCAAGAAAACCGGCGACGUUCCCAGCGCCCGAGUUCCACCCCCACCCCCGGCCCCCUUCGGCUGGAAAGGAAUAACUUCCCCGAGGAUUUUUUUUCUUGGUCUUGGACUGGUGGCUUGGAGUGAGAUCUUGCCUUUUGAAGUCACGCAGGUCCUUCUUCUUCUUCUUCUUUUUAAAAUAAAGCCAAACGAAAGCCAGAAUUUGUGCGGGCCACCUUUGGCCCGCCCCGCGCAGACAUCCGCCGCCUCCCCUUGCUCAGAAUCAAAAAGUGAUCCCAGGGAGUUUAGCUGAACCUGCUGUGAAAACACAAACAAAAACAGCGCCUCCGCUCGCCUCGAGCUGCGCGGACCGCCAGCCCAGAUGGAAAUACACUGUAAGCACGACCCGUUCGCAGCGAUGCAUAGACAUGGAGGAGUGAACCAGUUAGGGGGUGUUUUUGUGAAUGGUCGGCCACUCCCUGAUGUCGUCCGCCAAAGGAUUGUGGAACUUGCCCAUCAAGGUGUCAGACCCUGCGACAUUUCCAGGCAACUACGGGUCAGCCAUGGCUGUGUCAGCAAAAUUCUUGGCAGAUAUUAUGAGACUGGAAGCAUUAAGCCUGGAGUUAUUGGGGGGUCAAAACCAAAGGUCGCCACACCGAAAGUAGUAGAAAAAAUUGCAGAAUAUAAACGCCAAAACCCCACCAUGUUUGCCUGGGAAAUCAGGGACCGACUUUUAGCAGAGAGAGUAUGUGAUAACGACACAGUGCCCAGCGUUAGCUCAAUUAACAGGAUUAUACGGACAAAGGUACAGCAACCACCCAACCAGCAAGUCCCAGCCUCCAGUCACAGCAUAGCUUCCACGGGGUCAGUGACACAGGUGUCGUCUGUAAGCACAGACUCAGCAGGCUCCUCCUACUCCAUUAGUGGAAUUCUGGGAAUCACAUCCCCAAGUGCUGAAAGCAACAAACGCAAAAGAGAUGAAGGUAUUCAGGAGUCUCCAGUACCAAAUGGCCAUUCCCUCCCGGGUAGAGACUUCCUUCGGAAACAAAUGCGGGGAGAUCUUUUUACCCAGCAACAGUUAGAAGUGUUGGAUAGAGUCUUUGAACGACAACAUUAUUCUGACAUCUUCACAACAACUGAACCCAUAAAACCAGAACAGUGGUGCUCCAUGCUGAUGAGACAAUACUUGGUGCAACCCCAGGCAGUCAUUUUGCAGUCAACGGAAUAUUCAGCCAUGGCAUCAUUAGCUGGUGGAUUAGAUGAUAUGAAGGCCAAUUUAACAAGCCCUACUUCAGCAGAUAUAGGAGCCAGUGUUCCAGGGCCACAAUCAUACCCUAUUGUGACAGGUCGUGAAUUGGCAAGUACAACCCUCCCUGGAUACCCUCCGCACGUCCCCCCUGCUGGACAGGGCAGCUACUCUGCUCCAACGCUGACAGGGAUGGUGCCUGGGAGUGAAUUUUCUGGCAGUCCAUACAGCCACCCGCAGUAUUCAACAUACAAUGAUUCCUGGAGAUUUCCUAAUCCUGGAUUGCUAGGCUCUCCUUACUAUUACAGUGCUGCAGCCCGUGGAGCGGCACCCCCAGCAGCUGCUGCUGCUUAUGAUCGUCACUGACACAAGGAAUCCAGAGGCACUUAGUAAGCAUAUCACACAGGAGGACACCACUGGAAUCACCUAGAAUACAACUGUAGAAAUGAGACUACAAGGAAGGAGACCAGAAAAUUAUCCCCCACAAACCCAUGCAAUGAUAGAAUUUAUUCUUUCAGCUAGGUGAAACUGCUUAUUACUUACUGUUUUUAAUUAAUGAAAUUCUAGUGACCUUAACUGAAUUUCCCAGAGCAAACAAAGAAUCAGUUCUGCUGAUCUUCGCUGUGGUUUGCAUAAUGCAACAGCCAAGUAUUACACAAAGCCUUUAUACUUCUGGACUGACUAACUAUCUUUGGUUCUCCUGGCCAUGUCAGGGGAUAGAGUCAGCCUCUGUUGGAGGUCUCUCUUUAACAUGCAUUGUAACAGGAUGCGCGAUUCCAACAUGGACCAUGGCUGGGGUGUAUUUUAGGGAAGGGGUGUUAAGUGGGGGGGAAAUUGGUCAGCUCAAAUGAAAAAGCACCAAUGUAAAUAACUUGCUUCUUUGUGUUACUAUGGAGUGGUUUAACAUAAUGCAGCAACACAGAACAAAAUAUGAGUCUAAAACACUGGAAUAUGUGUUUGAUACUGGUGCACUGAUUCUAAGAGUUCAGUAAGCUUUAAAACAACUCUGAACCAGGUUAACAUUCAUUGUGGCUAUUACUGGGGCUGAUGUUCUUUCUAGAUACAUGAUCCUGAUUGACAGUUAUGUCUAGUCUUUACAUUGACAUUGAACUUGGGAACAAAUGGCAAAUGGACAGUCAUAGCCAUUUUAACUGCUAAAUAUUAAUUUAUUAUUAUUUGUAAAAGCAAUUAGUGCUGGUACACACACUCUGGCUUUAAGCUGAAGUAUAAGAGAAGGAAUUCCAAAUAACCAAAGCCUUACAUACAUUGGCAUGGGUUAUGUGUAGAAAUAGAAAUAGUUGUAUGUUUCCCAAAGUGCUGUUGGCUUUCUCAAACAGUGGCAACUUGGAACCACCAUGAAAACCACACAACAACCCUCUUCGUACAGCGUAAAGGGUCGGUGACUAAGCACCAUACGGCUCCCUAUUGCAGCCUGCUAUUAAUGUGCUCAGCAUGGGUAUUUCCGGGGGAGAGGGGCCUACGCACAUUGGUGGUAGCUGGAACCCUACGCAUUCUUGUUUUUCCCAUGCUGCCAUGGCCAUGCUCAAAGUAUGCUGUGGGGGCUGGGCCAGGGAGCUGCAGACAAAGGCAGCAAAAUAACCUUGCCACUCCUUCAACUGCAUUAAGUUUCUUCACAAGUAUAACAUGUGAAGGGAUGUAUAUAAUUCAGAUUGGAAGUCAUGCUAUUUGGGUUGCUUGUAGAUCAUAAGGAUGGAAUUUUUCAUGACAUGAAUUUUCAAGACACCUUAAAAUAACAGGAGCCACAAUAAAUUUUCCCUUCUGGAGCACGCAUGAUUUCAGAAGGAAUAUGUUUGUUCCAUUCAUCCUACAGAUUCUCAUUCUCACGCCCAAAAGGAGAUUAAUAGUCCUGAGACAUGUUGUUCAAUGUUCUAGGGACCCUACAAGUUUAGAAUGGAGUUUUUGUAAAUGAUGGGGAAAAGUACACAACAGACAUUUGUCAUGUCAUAGAACUCCCAUGACUCAAAAACUAUUCAUUUUAUCCAAUAUUUUAAAAUAAAAUCACAUGUUGAGUCAUGGUCUGAUUGGACCAAUGGAAAACUGAAAGAGUGUCCUUUUCUCCCCAAAGCUAUCGAAUAAAAGGUUGAGUGCUGUUA